AUCCUUGCCUUCAUCUGCUACAAGCUGGGGUCAACCUUUUACAACGCAUUCUUGCACCCGCUCACGAGAUUUCCAGGCCCGAAGAGUGUUGCUACAGAGUGGUAUAAGACUGUGGAAGAAGUGUUCAAGGGUCGAAAUUGGACCGAUGUCUUGAAGGAAUUACAUGGCCAAGAUGAAGCGCUGCUGACCAUUUAUCUCAGAUUGAACUUCAGCAACCCGAACGCUUUCCAUGAAAUUUAUAACAAUGCUAAUCGAUGGGACAAGGAGGAGACACUGUAUCAUUGCUUUGGAGAGGACAGAUCCAGUUUCUGGUUCUUGACAUAUAAAGAAGCAAAGCAGAGGAAAGACGUGCUUGGUGAUCUGCAAGGUCUUGUGAAGAAGAAUAUCGAACGGCUUUGCAUAGCUUUGGAGAAGUAUGGCCGAGCGAAGAAGCCAAGUGACAUGCUCUUCGCGCUGAGAUGCUCUACCUUGGACGUGGUCACGCGAUACUGUUUCGCGAAGGACGUGAAAAGCACAGAAGUAAAAGAUUUCCAGUCACCGAUUGUCAUUGCGAUGGAAGCCUGUCUUCCAAGCUUUGUCGUUUUCCGUCACUUCGAACCAAUCCGUCAAAUCGUCUUCAGUCUCCCUGGAUGGCUUACGAAACUCACCAACCCAGCGCUCGCAGGUCUCGUUGACCUUCAAGAGCUU